CCACUCCUCCGCAUGGCCUCUAGCGUGGCCACAGCUUCGGUUCCUGCCAUGGGUCCCCUUCUCCCUCCCUGCCCAGCGGCUCCCCAGACUGUCCGCCAUGGCCUUACUCACUGCGGCUGCCCGGCUCCUCGGGGCCAAGAAUGCAUCCUGUCUUGUUCUUGCUGCCUGAUAUUUCAGUGCUUACAAUCUCAAGGACAUACUCAGCAACAUGAUACCUAAGGAACAAACUCGAAUCAAGAACUUCAGGCAGCAGCAUGGCAAAACUGUAGUGGGGCAGAUCACUGUGGACAUGUAUGGUGGCAUGAGGGGUCUGAAAGGAUUAAUAUAUGAAACAUCAGUUCUGGAUCCUGAUGAGGGUAUUCGUUUCCGUGGCUACAGUAUCCCAGAGUGCCAGAAGUUGCUCCCUAAGGUCAAGGGAGGGGAAGAACCCCUUCCCGAGGGUUUAUUCUGGCUGCUUGUGACUGGACAAAUUCCAAAUGAGGAACAGGUGAGCUGGCUCUCCAAAGAAUGGGCAAAACGAGCUGCUCUUCCCUCCCAUGUGGUCACCAUGUUGGACAACUUCCCUACUAAUCUGCAUCCGAUGUCUCAGCUCAGUGCAGCUAUCACAGCCCUCAACAGUGAGAGUAACUUUGCUCGCACUUAUGCUGAAGGCAUCAACCGGGCCAAGUACUGGGAGCUGAUUUAUGACGACUGUAUGGAUCUCCUUGCCAAGCUAUCUUGUAUUGCAGCAAAGAUCUACCAGAAUUUAUAUCGAGAAGGCAGCAGCAUUGGAGCUAUAGACACCGAACUUGACUGGUCUCAUAACUUCACCAACAUGUUGGGCUAUAAUGAUGCCCAGUGCACUGAGCUAAUGCAUUUAUACCUCACAGUCCACAGUGAUCACGAGGGUGGCAAUGUAAGUGCACACACUAGCCAUCUGGUGGGCAGUGCUCUUUCAGAUCCCUAUCUGUCCUUUGCAGCUGCCAUGAAUGGAUUGGCUGGACCCCUUCAUGAACUAGCCAACCAGGAAGUACUCGUCUGGCUGACACAGAUGCAGAAAGAAGUUGGCAAAGAUGUGUCUGAUGAGAAAUUGCAUGACUACAUCUGGAACACACUCAAUUCAGGCAGGGUGGUCCCUGGUUAUGGCCAUGCUGUUUUAAGAAAAACUGAUACACGAUAUACCUGUCAGCAGGAAUUUGCCCUGAAACAUCUGCUUAAUGAUCCCAUGUUUAAACUGGUGGCUCAACACUACAAGAUUGUACCCGAUAUCCUUUUGGAGCAGAACAAAGCCAAGAACCCUUGGCCCAAUGUAGAUGUGCACAGUGGGGUGCUUCUGCAGUACUACGGAAUGACAGAGAUGAAUGACUAUACAGUUCUCUUUGGGGUGUCACGGGCACAGGGGGUGUUGGCACAGCUCAUUUGGAGCAGAGCUCUGGGCUUCCCCCUAGAGAGGCCCAAGUCUAUGAGCACAGAAGGCUUGAUGCAGUUUGUAAGCUCCAAGUCAGGGUAAAGAUGGGGACUGGGCUGGGCAGGGAGUGGGGAGAGAAUGCCUACCAGAGUGAGGAGACUUGAGAGACAGUACAUACUUUUUUGUUUUUGUUUCAGGGAGCCUUUAAAGA